UGGCACAGCAAACCACAGAGUGACCUGUUUGUACAAGCUACAUUUUUGCUUAGGAUUAGUCUUCGACAUGUAACAUUUUGUGGACGGAUAAGCGUAGUUCUAGGCCUGUAUUUCACCACAAAGACCCGCCUCAAUUCCGUAGCAGGCCUGUUUCAUGGUAUAAUUAGGCUUUUCCAAGAGGCCAUUCGCUUUAAGCGUUCAGACGGGCCUGUAUAACUUAACGCACAUGAAAACCCGAAUAAAAACGUGGCCGUUUACUUUGAGCAGGAUCCCACCGAGGGCGUGUAACGUUAACUCUGAGGGAGACGCCACCCAGCAAAGUUGUCAUAAAUUUCUUGGCCAAUGUGCUGCACUUUUCCGGUUCUGUACGCGAGAAAGUGGGCGAGACAUGUAACUAGCUCCAUUCAACCUGCAAGGAUCUGAAAAUUGGAUAUCGACGCCAGUGUUUAUCUAAUCAGGUCAGCAGCAUAGCUAACAUUGACUUGGAAUAACAGCCUUAGCAAAUUAGCCCACAUCAAGAAACUCCGUGUUUUCGCUGAUGUUGGAGAGAGACUGCUAGAUUCAGAUGUAAGCUAAAUAAAUGCUUCCACAAUGGCAGUCAAGGAGGCGUGUCAUCAGGCUCAGGUACUGUACAGCUUCACUGCUGAGCCCGGCAACAAUGAACUGAGUGUCCAAGAGGGAGAAACACUCACCCUCUUAAAUCAGAGUGUGGGUGGAGGCUGGAUAGAAGCCCAGAACUCUAGAGGACAAACAGGUUUGGUACCAGAAGAUUAUAUACAGAUUAAUUCAAGAUCAGCAGCUUCUUCAACAGGAUCUUUUAAUGAUGCCUACAGUGCCACUUCCUACAGCACUACAGCCCCUCAGGGAGUUAAUGGCAGUGAUGCUUGGGAAGCUCACAGUACUGAGAAUUGCGACUCUACUCAGCAGCAAGCACUAGCCUAUCAAGGUUCCAUUGAUGAUGAUGAGUGGGAUGAUGAGUCAGAUGAUGGCAAGUCUACAGGCGGCUACACUUGGUCACAGAGUGAGGAGGGAGGAGGGACAAUGCAGCGUGGCACAGGCCAUCACACUAUGAAGAUUUCUCUCAACAAAGUUUUUUCCAAGACACCAAAUCCUGAAGUGUUUCUACUGACAAAACAUAUGGUCAAAGAAAAUGACAGAUUGCCAAUAUACAUGGGUGAGGUGGGACCAGUUUGGCUAUAUCCGCAAACUCAACUUGACUGUGUGGUGGCAGAUCCGAAAAAAGGGACUAAAAUGUACGGUCUUAAGAGUUAUAUUGAGUAUCAGAUUACACCUAAUAGUACAAACAGACCUGUCAAUCACAGAUACAAACACUUUGAUUGGCUGUAUGAGAGACUUAUGGAAAAGUUUGGAUGUGCUUUCCCCAUUCCAUGUCUUCCAGAUAAACAAGUCACAGGUCGUUUUGAAGAUGAGUUUAUCAAAAUGCGAAUGGAGCGCCUACAGGGCUGGAUGUCUCGUUUGUGCAGACACCCUGUAGUUGCAAACAGUGAAGUUUUUCAACUGUUCCUCACUUACACAGAUGAGAAGGACUGGAAAAUAGGCAAACGGAAAGCAGAAAAAGACGAGACAGUCGGAGUAAUGGUCUUCACCACAAUGGAUCCUGAGAUCCGAGAACUAGAUCCUACAGAAGUAGAGCAAAAGUGUGAAACAUUUAGCCGUUUUACCAGAUCCAUGGAUGAUCGUGUUAAGGACCUUCUUUCUGUUGGCCAUCUUCACUGGAAGAGAUGUACAGGACCCCUACAGAAAGAAUACCAGCGGAUUGGAAAAGCAUUUCAGAACCUGUCCUCAGUUUUCAACACCAGUGGAUACCAGGGGGAAGCGACUCUUACUGAAGCAUUAACUGCAACAGGGAAGACAUAUGAAGAGAUAGCAGAGAUAUGCGCUGGACAGCCAAAAAAAGACUUGCACUUCCUGAUGGAAACAAACAGUGAAUACAAAGGACUGCUUGGCUGCUUCCCUGACAUAAUAGGAGUCCACAAGGCUGCUAUUGAGAAAGUAAAAGAAGCAGAUCGUCUUGUGGCAAUGAAUAAGAUCGGACCCCAGGACAAGCACACUAUGGCAAAGAAUCUGAGUACAAUGUCAUAUGCAUUGCAAGCUGAGAUGAACCACUUCCAUAGCAACCGUAUCUAUGACUACAACAGAGUCAUGCAACUCUACUUGCAAGAGCAGGUGCAGUUCUAUGAGACUAUUGUGGGGAAGCUGAAGCAAGCUCUCAGUCAAUACACAACUUUCUGAGAACACCUGCCAUCCCCUCACCCCACUACCAGCAUCAUCCCAACCUCCCCUGCAAUAAGAGGAACUCAUUUUUUUCCCUCAACUGUGAAGUAUGCAAUGCGUCCAUACACAUAUGGUCAUUCUUUUAAUGUAAUCAGUGUGGGGUUUUUUAAUAUAUAUAUAUAUAUAUAUAUAUAUAUAAAAAGAGGAAUUUUGUGUGUAAAUGACAGUGAAAAGAGUUUAACAGUAGUAGUCCAGACUUUAUUAGCCAUUAGUUAAGGCUUGUUCCAAUUAAGGAAACUGCAGACGCAUUAGCAGCAAACUGCUUCCCAUGAAGCAAACAUUCCAAAGCAUUUUAACAGGUAUCCUGCCAUUGCACAGUAAAAAAUGUAUCUGAUGCAUUUUUUGUUUAUGUAUGAAUUCUACACCAAUAACGGCACUUUGAAGUCAUGUUCCUAACAAAGUUGGGAUUAGGCAUAUUUUUGCUGCUGAGGCCAUCUGCCUUGCACCCAAUGCACCCAAAUGUGGUGAAUUAAUAGGAAGUGAAUGAUUGAAACAAAGAUCAGUUUCAGUACAUGGCUAAUGUUUUGCUAAUCGGUUUAUUCUAUUGCUUGUGCAAGUUGUCCUUAUACGGUGAUUGGACAUCCAUGUUGUUUGAUUAAGGUUGAUCACCAGCUCCUAUUCCUCUGCAUAUCUCUUUAAAUUUGUGCCUAGUUAGAUUUUUACACUGAGCCAGGGCCUUAAACUGUGUGACCAAAUGUAUGACUGUCUGAACGUUUUUGUAUGUUUUAUGUUCAAUAACACACACACAAUUUAUUUUAAAUCACUAUUUCUUAAAUGUAAUAUACCCAACUUUAGGUUUUUCUGUCAUUAAACUGUGAUAAAGAAUAUGUAUUAUACAAAAUUACAAAUAUUUUAACGAAAUCUUCCAUAACAUUAUAUGAAAUAAAGUUAAGAUGAAAAGAGUCCCAGUGGAUAGAAAUGCUCCAAGUUUUUGAUUGGCUACCUCAAGAUGACACAAAUAACUAGACAUCACUUACAGCAAUAAAGAAUAUUGAGAUGUUUGUGUUGGUGAUGCACCUUUAGUAUACAUUUAUUGUGGAUUUAAUACUGUGAAGAAUUUAAGACCCAAUCUGAAGAAUCUACCCAAACCUAAUUUGCUGAAAACCUGUUAGCUAUUAAUCACUGCAGUCAAAUAGAACUUGAUAAACACAGUAUAUAAUAUGAGUAUUAAAAAUGUUCAGUGACUGUUUCAAUUUACAGAUUAGAAUUUAUAAACAUUAAUAUAUUUAUGGGAUAGUAUCUGCAUAGAAAAUUUGACUUUCCAGUGUUUAUUUAAAAAAAAAAACUCCUAAUAAACAUUGUUCCAGGUCUAUGUCUGCAGCAGCCAGGAUUUUUGAAUGAUAAAAUGUUAUAAAAGUUGCUAUAUUAAACUAAAAUGAAAAUGUAUCUUCCAUAACCCUUUGUGAAAUAAAGUCAUAUGUAUACCUGUCCAAGUAUGAAAAGUCCUAGCAGUUGAAAAUGUUCCACAUUUUUUUGGGUUGCCACAUAUUGACAGAGUUUUCAAUUUCAAUAUAUAAAAACUGCAAAAGAAGGUCCAUGCUUUCAUACUGUGGUACAGUCGUCACCAACCCUCCUCCUGGAGAUCUUCCUUCUUGCAGGUUUCACCUCUGAACCAAAUUCAGCAAAGACCUCUGAAGGCAAUGCUUAUUGCUAGAUUAGGUGGAGUUGAUUUGGGGUUGGAACCUAUAGUCUGUAGAAAGGUAGGUCUCUAGAAGCAGGGUUGGUGAGCAGUGCUAUAGUGAAAGUCUUCUGCAAGAGGGACCACAAAGAGAGUUAGAGAAAUCUGAUAUCAGAGCUGACCCCUCUCAGACCAGAGAACAGCUUUUGCUUUGCUUCCUGAUUGCCCACGGAUAGGGAGUGCUUGUUCUAGUCAAACUCUUUGGGACACUCUCUCUCCACAACUAUGUAACAGGAAACAUGCCACUGACAUCAGAGGAAACCGUGCAUGGGGAGCAAGCUGACCUCCGCCUGUCACCGUGCCGUGUGUGUGUGUGUGUGAGUGUGUGAGAGAGAGGGGGAAAGGGCUCCAGAGGAAGACCCUGAGAAAGAAAAUGCCAGUCUCAACCUGUCUGUUUCCUUUCCUGAAAUAUCUGCAGCAGGCUCAAGACUGUAUGUAGGAUAUUUACGUUCACUUCGCUGUUCCAUUAUAGUUGCUUGAAUUUUGCUUUGGUGUGCUCAGAAGGUAAAAACCAUAGUAAGAUCAAUCAAAGACAGGGAAACCAAUAAAACAUUAUAGCAUUUUAUCUGUUUUUUAAAGUUCAAUGUAAUGAAAGUUCACUGCAUUAUAUGUGUAUAAACUAAAAUAAAAGGCUUAAGAAUGUCAGCAGUUAUUAAUAUAAGAAUCUAGAACUGAAUAAUCGAAUAGUUUUUUGUAAGUACUACAAGUACUACUUUUUCAUGGUGUUUUUUUAUAAACAAAAGCAUCUUUCAUUUUAUUUAUGUAUAUUUUGUGGUGCCCUAAUACUCCAAAGGCAAAAAUAUGCAAAGAACAAAAUAAUAACAAAACUGUAACCAUAGAUCUCUGAAUAAGUAAUGUGCAUCUUUAGAAAAACAAUACAUCCAUAAUCAGGUUGUAUCGUGUAGCAGUUUCUCUUCCAUCUUAUUUGUAUAGCUCUUUUGUUGUUGGUCCUCUGUGCCUCAGCGAUACAUAUGAAAUCAGUCUGUAUUAGUUAAUGAGGUAUAUUUAUCUAUAAAGAAAGAUCUGCAGAACAGAUUUGGCAAAAUACUGUCCAUUGAAAACUACUAAAGAACAAUCUGUAAAUAUACAUGCUUAUUUACAUUUUUACAUUUUGCAUUUAUAUAAAAAUCCUAUGUACAAUAGUAGGCAAUACAGUAAUGUUGCAGAAUAUUUUUGUAUUUAACAGACAUCAAAUGCUGUUGUCAGCAUUUUAAAAAGAUAAACCUGCAUACGCAUAAUGUUCUCCAAGUCCUACAGUAUUGUAGUUGUGUUGAAAAUCCAAGACCGUCUUUCAUGUAGUCUGUCAUUAACAGAAAACAUGUUUGUUGUGAUUCGUUACCUAUACAAGUCAAAUGGAAGUUUGUAUACACCGUUUGUUAUAUUGUGCACAGAACAUGGUCCAGUGGCUGUUUUAUCCAAAUUAUUUGACAGAAUAUACAAAAAUCUGUUAAUAGCAAGGAAUUUAAAUUUUCAGGCUGGAGCAUAACAACUCCCUAAUAACACUGGCUACAGAUGAUUAUAAUUGCCAUCUGCAGCAAUCAGGAUUUUGACUUUUUAGAUCAAAGUCAUAAACACGCACUUUGUGGCGUUUUCAUCCAGCCUUGCAGAAUCAAUAUUCUCUAUUGACACCGUCACAGUUUGAGUUUCCAUGAUGUCUUGAGCAACGUCUGUUGUCAAGGAGAAGGACGGGGCUUGAAGGUCCGUGGGCGGAUCAUCAUGCUCACUUUCUUCAGUGAGUAGUAAUCUGAAUCCUUCCAGGUGUACCACACAAUGCCAUCUGGUCCUAGAAGAUUCUUACCUUUGGCAGAGUAACGCCCCCCCUGGUGGUCAAGAAGAACAUACACGGAAGUCAGAAGGCCACAGUCGGGACUACUGAGCCCAGUCAUUCAAAAAUAAUUACAAAUAUUUUAUUCAAAUUUACAUUAAAAUGAUUGUGAUAAUACCUAUUUUUAAUUCUUGCUGUAUCUCUUAUAAUCAAAAACAGCCUAAUGGACACAUUCACAUAUACAGUCAUAUCCAAAAGUUUGAAUUACAUGUUUUGUUGAUUUCUGUUUAUUUUUUCCCCCAGUAUGCUACAAUGUACAGAUUUGUUUUCUCUGUAUGGGAUGUGUAUUUAUUUUCACUUAGAAAAUCAACAAAAUAUGUCAUUUGGCUAGGGUGCCCAAACUUUUGCAUAUGACUGUACACAUGUUCUGGCUAUAUACUGUUUCGUAAUCUUUUCUAUACGGUUUUAUAAUUUUGAUUACUAAUAAAUUUGAUGACAGCUA